UUUUGCUGUUUUCUUUCUUCAUUCCUCUAACUCAGUAUUCCCUGUUCUUUAAAGAAGAUGUGUUUUGUGAAGCAUGGCACUGUGUAGUUUUCUUUAUAUUCUUUUCCCUUUUCCCCCUAUAAAAAUAAAAUUAUUUGAAUAAACAGGUAAAACAUGUUAAGCCAACUAUGUUACCAUUUUUUUCUUGUCAACUUAUAUCUCAUAAAAAAAAAAAAAAAUUAGUGCUACAUUUAUUUUGCUGUUUUCUUUCUUUCUUCCUCUAAGCCAGUAUUUUAUGAUCUUUAAAGAAGAUGUGUUUUGUGAAGCAUAGCACUGUAUAGUUUUCUUAAUUUCUUUUCCUUUUUUUUUCUUUUCUUUUCUUUUUUUUUUCCUUCCUAUAAACAUAAGGGGGUUUGUUGCUUGGUGCAAUAGUAAAAGCUCUACAGGACCUUUUUACCUAUGCCUAGCCUGCUCAGUUAGUGUCAAUGUCAAGAAAAUGCACCAAUCUCUAUCUUUUUUUCUUAAAGGUUUAUAUGUUUGUGAUUAUUUUAAUUUGACAUGUUUUUAGUUGGUGGGUUGUCUUGGCAAUGUUUAUAUGUUUAUUAAUUCUUUCUAAGACCAUGGCUUUCCACGAUUCUUGCCAAUCAUUCGUUUUCUAUUGUUAUUGUUGAUGUUGUUGCUAAAGACCAAGGGUACCUCUGAUUGUUGUUGUGGAUUGGAUUUGUCAUUAUUGUAACUUAACGAAUUUGAGUGCAGGUUCAUUUUGUGAAUGGAAAGGCAUUCUCAUACGGAACUUGGGUUUUCUUCUGGACAUCAUGACGUUAUUGAUGGCCCUCUGUCAUUAUGUGCAUAUCUGGUGGCUUCAUGGCAUGAAAUUUCAUCUUGUGGAUGUAGUUCUUUUCCUAAAUAUAUGUGCCUUGUUAGGUGAAAUUGUAAAACGUAUCAAAGGAUUUAUUAGGUUGAAGAUAGCUUUAGGCGCCCUUCAUGGAGCACUUCCAGAUGCAACACCUGAGGAGAUUGAAGCAUAUGAUGAUGAAUGUGCUAUCUGUAGGGAACCAAUGGCAAAGGUGAAGAGACUAUCUUGUAAACAUCUUUUCCAUCUAACCUGUUUGAGAUCUUGGUAUGAUCUAUGUUGCUUGUUACGAUCUUGGACCCCCCCAUCAUGAGUAGAGAGGAAUUUGAAGCUUGGAAAGCUGAUCUAUGGAGGAAGCAUACAACGGAAUCUAUUGCUGCAAAGGUACUAUCAAUAAGCAUC